CUGUCUAACUUGAUGGUUAGGCGGCAAAAACUAGGUGAAAAGUUGCAAUGCAAACGACAGAGGCAGUAAUCUUCUCAGCAUUUUCACAGACGGAAGUACAGCCUUGUUGCUGGCGGAACGCAAGCUUCAACAAUGGUGCUUAAGCAGUGUCAUUCGCGAUUUCAACUUUUUGGUGUUAACCGCCCAGAAAAGCUGUUCGAGCCUGCUUUUAACCAAGACAGAGUCAGCGUUAGCAGUUUUGUGCCAGCGCAAUCGAUCGUGUCGCGUUUGACAUCUGUCAAGUCAUCACCGAGUGUCCAGGGCGUCAUCACUCCACCUCUUAGCAACUUAGAGGAGCCGCUAUGGAGAAGGAGACGAGCUCCUGGACUGAAGAGGACACGUCUUUCUGCAGUGACUCAAAUGUCCGCAAGAGAGCUGAGUACCUCCAUCGAAGCCUUCCAGUAUGACUUGAAACCAGGUUUACCAAAGCCUGAAGGCGGGAGGCUGUUUUUUGAUACACAUGCAGUGGUGCAACUCUUUGAGGAAAAUGGCUUCACUACUCAGCAAGCUGAGGUGAUGGUUAAAGUACUGGUGAGGAUGACAAACUCUAACAUGGAUGUCAUCUAUAAUGACAUGGUAACCAAAGUGCAACAGGAGAUCAUGUUGCAGCGUGUGAUGUCUCAAAUAGCAGCUGUAAAGAAGGACAUGAUCAUUCUUGAGAAGAGCGAGUUCUCUACAUUACUGGCAGAGAAUGAGAAACUCAAGAUCCAGUUAUUGCAGUUCAAGGUCCAACUGGCUGAUGUCAUGAAUAAAGUGCGCUCAGACUCUAUUUUGGACAUGAAUAUGGAGAAAAGUCGUGUAAAAGAAUUGAAAGCAGAGCAUGACAAGAAGCUUCUAGAAAUGCGAACUGAGAUUGUGGAAAUGACUGCAGAGCAAGAUCUCCAUUUAACUCAGACCAACAUGAAAAUAGACACUGAGGUGGCUGGUUUGAAAACCAUGCUAGAGUCUCAUAAACUGGAUACUAUAAAAUACCUUGCAGGUUCAGUGUUCACCUGUCUCACUGUGGUCUUGGGUUUCUAUCGUAUUUGGAUGUAAGCAGGAUUAUGAAUAUGAUUUUCAUAUAACCCCUGGUUAACACUUCAAUGCAUCCUCUGAAUCAAGCAACAGUCAGAGACCAAAUCUCUUUCACGUCGAAAGGUUGUAUUUAUCAGUGUAAUGUUACUCUUUUCUCAGAAGUAGGAGUUAUGGAAGAAAGGCUCAACCACCAGAUCACUGGUGGAAGUUUUUGAAAUAAUCAAAUUUUGACUCUUAACUUAUGUAACCCCCUCAGCUACCGGAACAUAGGUGAUAAAUGUAUGCGUAUGUAAGUUUUGGACACUUGCCAUUCAAAAAAUGUUGUGAGGAUAAUUAAAUACUCCCCUGUUAUUCAGAUAAUGCUGUCUGAAACUGACGUUAAACUUUAAAAAAAAAAGUUAGAUAUAUAUUUUGUAUAUGUAGGCCUAUAUAUCAAGCUGUAUAUAUUGGAGAGAAGCCAGGAGGGGUCAGCGUGACUCUUAACCACUAUAUUAUCACAGAUACUUACCUUGUAUCUCUCUUUAUAGUUUGGAGUUUCAGAAGUGUUUUAGCAGGAUCCUUAAAUUGUGGGAAAUGUUAUUUGAAUGACAUGUCUGAAUUGUCAAUAAAUUGUAAACUUUGUGCUAACAAA